CCAGGUUCAGUGGAGCUUUACGCAACACAUCAACGUUGGGAACUGAUAGUCUACCUACGACUCUUCCCACAAAACAAGUAAGAAUACGAUAUUAUGAUUUUAUAUUUUUACUUUAUAGUUGAUUUGUUUAUAUCACUGGAAAAAAAAUUGAAAAUCCAUAUAUAAGGUCAUCGAAUGGAAAUUGUAUGAAACUUUAUUGGAAAUAGAAUGGAUUUUGAUUAUCCAUAAUAAUUGUAUAUUUCCAUACUAUGGAUAUAGUAUCGAAAUAGUAUGGAUAUACUAUGGAUUUAGUGGUUUAAUUGUAAAUUUCAUAGUACGGAUUUCACAUUUUUUCCCCAGUGUAUGCGUGCAUGCGUUCAAAUAUAUACAUUUGUUUAUACAUGUUGUAUAGACAAAAUUCAACAACAUACAUAAUAUGAUUGCAGGUUGUAUAUACUAGUUUAUAACAUGUGAGAAUAUAUAAAAUUAAGCGUAUAAUCUAUAGAACUAUAAAGCGCCGGUCAAACGAGGAUGAGAAUUUAUGAGAGUUGGCAUGCCACGCAUUGUUAUAGGAAGGGAAACAAACACGAAAGGGCCAACCCUUAAAACCGUCACAAUGUAAACGUAACAAAGUAUAGGGCUAUAUAUGGGGCAUCGGUGGCGAAGUGGUUAGCACACUUGCCUUCCACCUCCAAGGUCGCAGGUUCAAAUCCUAGUGAGAACUUUCCCAAUAUGCGACUCAAACCCAGUCCUCGUGCGAAAAGAGUAAAAAGUCAACGCUCUGUCGAAAGUCGUGGGCAUUCCAAGUACUCCGGUUUCCUCCCACAGGGAAAGCUGACAGGGUGGGCUAGGUAAAAAGGGCCCACAGUAAUAUACAUGCCCUGCCCUAGCUAGUUGGAAAGGCUAAAUGAACAAACAAAUAAACAUAGCAUGCUUUUACUCGAAUAUAAAAAUGUUAUAUAGCAUUUCUAAUAACAAGUUCUUUGUAUGUUUGCAUGGCGAUAAAACAUAUAAUAGUUUGUUUGUGGAAACACCACGUAAAUUUAUUACUGCAAUAAAUAAAUUUACGUGGUAUUUAUGUUAUGCAGUAAUAAAUUUACGUGGUGUUUCCACAAACAAACUAUUACAAAGCAUUUCUAAUGUUAUGUGCUGCAAUGCGCUGCUGCAUGGGGGAAUGAGGAAGAAUUUUGGUACUUAAAAACUCCACAAUCACAGGGUAAAAUUUAAAAGAAAAACAAUCCGCAUUCUUUGCAUUGUUUUUAAACAUUCCGCAACUAUGACAUCUUCGGAAACAAAAACUUCCUCCUUCGAAUUCCGCCUUCAUCUCGCGAUAUAAAUACUCGGCCGCGACACAAUUUUCACAAUUACACAAUUUUUCUUUCGUAUUUAGGCAGAAACGAAGCAAGGUAAGAGUGAAUCACCAAACAGAUUAGUUAUCGCACUAAGCGGCAUCGGUCUUGGCUUAAUGGUUGCCAUUAUUAUAUGUUGGACUUGGAUACGCUGUCGAAGAAGAAGACUAAAAAAGUAA